UGUAAGCAGUAAGAGAGGCAAAUAGUGAAGUGCAGAGGAGAGCAACAGGCAGGCAUCUCCAGAGAGAGCCUGAGAGCAAUGCUCAGUCCACUGACAACAACGCAACAUCCGGACAGUAAGGAAGAGGGAGGAUUUUCAUACUGCAGCCUGCCCUGGGGCCUCAGAAAUCAUCUGCCUUCUUUACAGCAAUGCUUGGACCACAUACUGAACCAAGGACAAAGUUUCUUCACUGCAUGUAGUCUGACUUGCACAUGGACACUGUAAGUCAUCUACGCCUUUCCACCUUUAACCUGCUGGAUCAAGGGAUAUAAAUUGAAGUUUCACUGUCCACUCUUUUCUGAAGUAGCUUAGAAGUUAUUUUGCAUGCAAGUCUUGUCAAUAUGCUGCCUGUGGUUUUCGUGACAUGGUGGGUCUGGGUGUUCCUUGGAAGCGUAGGUGGACAGUCCCAAUCUCAGCAUCAAUCUCAGACUGACAACUCAAACCCAUGGAGACAGAUGAUUCAAUGGGAGAACAAUGGACGUGUGUUCAGUCUUCUCAAUAGUGGGGCUGAAUACGUCCCGGCUCGGGUUCAGGAGCGUGAAGGGAACCCCCGAGUGAUUUUAGCGGACACUCCCAACCGUCGACCACAGGGUGGGAAUGUACGGAGACAAGCACCCUCCAGAGGAAGUUCUGAGACUGUGAGAGGCCAAGCCAGACAUCCGUUUGGGUUUGGCCAGGUGCCAGAAAACUGGCGUCAAGGUGCAGCUGGAACAGGUGAAACGAGUCGCUUCCAGUCAUCUACCGGCUCACGCUUUAGACCAUCAUCUGGCUCAUCCUCCUCCUCAUCCUCUUCUUCUUAUUCACAGUAUCCAUUCCCUCAACAGCCUCCUUAUUCUUCUCCUUAUGACUCGGAUCCAGACAGGUCAUACGAACCUCCCUUCCGUGGGACGGGGUACUCUACGGGCACUGGUGGUGGCUAUGCCGGAGGAGGAUAUGGAGGAGGUGGGUACUCCACUGGAAGUUUUAGAGGAGGUAGCUAUAAUGGAGGGGGUACUGCAACUGACGACAGGCAUCAAUACUAUGCCCCUUAUGGUCAACCAUACCAAGCUGUUCCUGCCCAGCCUGCACAGCCACCAGUUUCUGAUGGACUGGACCACAGGUACAUGCACAGUCUGUACAACGAGGACUCUCGAGAUGCUGCAGUACCUGUUUCUAGCAACACAGGCUCAUUCCAGCCUGCGGUGCAAAGCCCCCAGUAUGAACAGUUUCCCCCCUUUGGAAGGCCCCAACCACAGCCUCCGUUCGUACAACCACCUCCACGUAACCCACUCAUCUCUAACAAUGCAGAGAGCCCCAGCGUGAAUGCAGGGAGUGUUUAUCGUACUCAGCAAAGAGGUUUGCCUGACCUGGUUCCUGACCCGAAUUAUGUCCAAGCUUCCACAUACAUUCAAAGAGCCCAUAUGUACUCUUUACGCUGUGCUGCAGAGGAGAAGUGUUUGGCCAGCUCCGCCUAUAGUGAUGAAACCACAGACUACAGUCUCAGGGUUCUUCUGCGCUUCCCUCAGAGAGUGAAGAACCAAGGGACAGCUGAUUUCAUGCCCAACCGGCCUCGUCACACCUGGGAGUGGCACAGCUGUCACCAACAUUACCACAGUAUGGAUGAGUUCAGUCACUAUGAUCUUUUAGAGGUCAGCAGCGGCCGGAAGGUGGCAGAGGGACACAAGGCCAGCUUCUGUCUGGAGGACACGACCUGCGACUUCGGCCAUCUCAAACGAUACGCCUGUACUUCACACACCCAGGGUCUCAGUCCAGGUUGCUAUGACACAUACAAUGCAGAUAUUGAUUGCCAAUGGAUUGACAUCACUGAUGUUCAGCCAGGAAACUAUAUACUCAAGCUCCAAGUUAACCCCAAGUACUUGGUGCAUGAGUCAGACUACACAAACAAUGUAGUCAGGUGCAAUAUCCACUAUACGGGCCGCUUUGUCAGGACAACAAACUGCAAAAUCUCCCAGUCAUGAUCUGUCAGAUCCGGAUGAAUCCCCAUGGUAGCGCUGUCCAUUGCAAUGUGAAUGGAAUUCCUGGUGCAUUUGUCUCAGUUCCCAUAUUUGUGAUGUUCUUGUGAAGCUGGGAGGAAUGAGCACACAUAAUGUCACCCUCACGCAAAAACAAACACAACCUGAGGAAUCCCAUACUUCACAGCACACCACAGACCAACGUCUAUUUUCCUUCCAGCCACCCCAAUAACCCUGGUUUUUCAUAAAAACACACACUUGCUGCCCCCAAUUAAGUUUAAUUCCUUCACCAUUUUAAGUGGGUUACUUCACUGGAAUGCAAAGUGAGAUCAGGUAUGGCACUGGUGAACUGUAAUUCUGUCAUUCAGAUCAGGACAAUCAGCAACUGGAAACAAUCCUCCUAUUUUUCCAAGCCUCUCUUUUUGUCUGUGCCACUUUGGUGAAGGUGCAAUACUGAACGAAAGAGUUGUAUGAGAGAAUGGCCUGCCUCUCAGUCAUCCUCCAGCAAACCAAUUAAGUAAAAAGUGGUUUUAGUUUGAAUGAGGGACCUGGAAAAAAUAGCUUUGGGAUUAAAGCACUUUGAAUAAAUGCCUUGAAUCCAAAAGCUGGAGGCAGUUUAUCAAGGUGUUUUUACCUUGGAGGUUUAUUAUAGUCUUUUACUUAACCUGCUGAGAUUUACAUUACAUUUAAUUGUAAUAUUGCCUUAUAUGUCAGUACAUUGAUAAUCCAAUAAAGCAAACUACUUAAAUUUAAGCCAUACUUGAGAUGUUCCCCCUACAAGUAGCUGACACUCUAUCAGUUUGGUUUUCUGUGAUUAAAUGGAUAUUUCAGGUUCAGUACAAGAAUUAACAAACAGAAUUUGUGGCAUAAUAUUGAUUACUGUACCACCACUAAUCAUUUACAAGUAAGUACACUUGAUUUGAAACCUUUAAAAGUUAUUGUAAAAAUUUAAAAGUAUUGUAAAUUGUGCAUCAUUUGAGUUGAUUUUAGCAUCGUCAUGGCAGUGAAAUUGUAAAAUUGGAUGUAACUAAACAAAAAAAAAAAAAAAAAAAAUUGAUUUUCUGCACAAAAAUCAUGCAUAUCAUGAACAACUUGUGGCUGUACUAUUUAAAAGUGUUUCCAAUGUAAGCAAACGAAAAUGGUAAUGCUGUUAAUGGUUAUGCUGUAAACGGUAAGGUUUUUUUUUUUUUUUGGGGGGGGGGGGGGGGGCAACAUUAAUUAUGCAUUUGCCAGACAAUUGUACUCUAAAGAGACUUGCAUUGCAUUGAAGGUAUGCACUUUAUCAGUUCAUGGAUUCCCUGGGAAUCGAACUCAUCGAUCUACAUUUACAUUUGCAUUUGGCAGACGGUUUUAUGCAUGACUUACAAUGCAUUUAAUGUAUGCAUUUUAAAAGUCAACACGUUCCCUGUGAACUGAACCCAUGACCUUGCUGUUGCUAACUGCAUGAUCUACAUUUACAUUUAUGCAUUUGUCAAACCUUUUUUGAAAAGUGAAUUACACUGCAAUCAAGAUAUGCUUUUUUUCAGUCAGUGCAUUCUCUGAGAGUUGAACCAAUGACCUUGAUGUUACUAACUACAGUACAUGAGCUACAUUUACAUUUAUGCAUUUACCAGAACGUUUUAUCCCCCCCCCCCCCCAAAAAAAAAGAAAAGAAAAAAUUAAUUGCAUUCAAGUGUAUGCAUUUUGUCACUUCAUGCAUUCCCUGGGAAUUCUAAUGCCAUGAUCUAUUAUUUAAGCUGCAGAAACAUUAUGUCACAAGUGCUGGUGUAUUGAACUUGUAUUGAAGCCAGGAAUAUUCCUUGAGUGUUAAGUUUGUAAACCUUCCUUUGUGAGAUUUACUUGGACGGACGACCAUGUUGGAACAUAUCUAUUGUUUUUUUAACUGCCAACACUGGUCAGCUGCCACAGGUCUCAUAUAUGAUACAGUUAACCCACUGAUGCAUGCUGUUGUCUAGGUAAGAAAAUACUUUAUUUUAUCAUAUCAUAUUCAUAUCCACUGUUCUCAUGUACUGUGUGGAGGGACAUGCUGUACUUACUGUGUUACACUCCAGGAAUUCAUAUUUCUUUGUAUCUGAAAUUGAGAUUUAUGCCUUGAUUGUUAAAUCGAACACAAACUUAGUUGAUACUACUGUUGCAAAGCUAACAUUGCAUAACUUGAUGUUACUGACAAUCUUAAUUCUAUCCGUACCUACCUCGGAAAGAGAAAGUUAAACAUAUGCAGCGAAAAAGAGCUCCUUAUGAUGCUAUGCUUGAAGAGCCCUAAAUGACAAACAUCCAACACACAUGCUAUAAUCUAUUAAAUUCAGUUAAAUGCAUGCAAGACCAGCUUUCUGUGGGGGUCAUCGGAUAUGAGUGAAUGGAGUGUGUGUUAUGAUGCAUCACAUGCUUCAACCAAAGCUAAAUGAAUUCCUUUCUGUGGUGAGCAGUUUUAUUAUGAAAACUUGUUACAGUCUUUUCCCAUUAUCAUGAUACAGAUCAAAUGCAGAACAGAGUUUGUCUUAUCAUAUCUCUUUAUACUCUGAAUAAAUGAUUAUUAUAACAUUGUUUAUAGUGUAGACAGUAAAUGUGUGUCUGGUUGUUUUCUGCUUUUGUGGUCCAGGACAGGUGCAAAUCAAUCUCUUUGAGUUUUUGUUAUCGUUGUGGUUAUUGAUUUUAUUUUUCUGUGCUUAGAGUUCAUACUGGAUCUUUAAAUAAAGACUGAGCUGUUUUAGUGCUAGUGUAGUUUAAUUUUUUGACUAGAGACCAUCUAAAUUCAAUUGAAGUCGUUGGAAAAUACAAUUGUGCCACACACUCGUCAAACUGCUAAAGUGGCAGAGUUUUAGGGAAAGUUUCCCAUCUUCUGUCUGCGUUUGCACAGAACAUGUACUGUACUGGAUGCCAGUGUACCAAAACAAUGUUUUGAUUGAGAAUUAGGCCAGUAAUAAGAACUCUGUAACCCUAGAAGCAGAGCAAAAAAAAAAAAAAAAAAAAAAAAGAUGACAUCACAUCCACCAUUUUUUUUUUUUUUUUUUUUUUAAAUAACAAUCUACACGAACCAGAACACAAUGAGUUUUUGUUAAGGUGAAGAACACUAUGAGAUGCUGGCUAAGCAGCAAAACAUUUUAAUCAUUAUUCUUCCUUUUGAAUUGUAUUUGUCACCAGCUGAUUCCCUAGCUUGUGUGUAUAAAUAUGAAUGAAUCCAUGCAUGUAUAAAUAAAUAAAUGGGUGCAUGUA